UUCGCGAGCGAUCGAUCCCACGUCAACUCUCAACUCGCACCACCAACCCCCUUCCUGCGUAGACAGCCCAGUAUGGCCGCCCCUACCGCAAAUGGCGACAGCAUCGCCGAGCAGUACAACUUGCUGCCCAAGCUCAUGCAGCACCUCGACCGCCAUCUCAUCUACCCGCUUUUGUCCUUCAACCCGACCGAAGAGGAACUGUCCAUCGACCGCAAAAAGGUUAUCCUCGAGCUCCUCAAGCCCACCAACAUGGCCGACUUCACCGCAAAUUUGCACCAGGAAAUCAACGGUCUGAGCGAUAUCUCGGAUGAAUUCAAGACCAAGCGCGAUCAGGUGCUCAAGCGGAGGGACCAGUUGGAGGAGGACACGAGCAAGCUCAGCGCCCUUUUGGACGAUGAGAGCGUGGUCACCAACCUCAGGAGUGACAAGGUGCAGAAUUUGGCCUACUUGAAGGAACAGCACGGUGUUACUGUCGAGAUGGUCAACAAGCUGUUCGAGCAGGGCCAGUUCCAGUAUGGACUCGGUGACUACGGAUAUGCUUCCGAGCUUCUCACCCGCUUCCGAAUUUUGACAACAGACAAUGACAAGGAGCGCGAAGCGUCAUGGGGCAAGCUCGCCUGCGAGAUCCUCUCCGCCAAUUGGGAAUCCGCCCUUGACGACAUCACCAAACUCGCCGAACACAUUGAUGGCCGCCUCAUCAACAAUCCGCUUGCACAACUCCAGCAACGCACAUGGUUGAUUCACUGGUCUCUCUUCCCGCUAUUCAACGACGAGAAGGCCCGCGAGGCUCUCACCGACCGCUUCUUUGGCCCUACCUACAUCAAUACCAUCCAAACCAGCUGCCCGUGGGUCUUGCGGUAUCUCGCUGCCGCUGUUGUAACCAACCGUGCCCGUUCAAGGACCUCGAACCCGUACCAGAAGCAGCUGAAAGAUCUCAUCCGUAUCGUUAGGCAGGAGGGCUACGAGUACAGCGACCCAGUGACCGAUUUCAUCAAGGCGCUAUACAUUGACUUUGACUUUGAGGAGGCGCAAAAGAAGCUCGGCGAGACCGAGGAGAUCCUGAAGAACGACUUUUUCUUGUUGGGUUCUGCAGAUGCUUUUGUAGACUCGGCACGUCAUCUCAUCUCCGAGAGCUACUGCAAGAUCCACCAGCGUAUCGACAUCAAGGACCUUUCCACCCGCCUUGGUCUUUCGCAAGACGAGGGAGAGAAGUGGAUCGUUAACCUCAUCCGCGAUACCCGCGUAGACGCAAAGAUUGACUACCAGGCUGGCACCGUUGUCAUGAACCACCCGCCCCAGUCUGUGUACCAGCAAGUCAUUGAGCGGACAAAGGGUGGCUUCUUCAGGACACAAGUUCUCAGCGCGGCCGUGGCGAAAUGA